GUUAGUGUGGAUAUGGCGGUGGUAGAGGAGAGUCCAUCUCCUGUCAAGAGUGGACUUUUAAACUGGCGUUGGAGUCAAAUAGUCGACGAACAAGCUCGCCUGACUCAGAGCAGAGACGGCUCACCUGUGCCGUACGAAGGGCUGCUCCUGAGAAAGAAAACCCUUGAAGCUAUUGCAUCAAGGGAGCAGCUGCCUGAGACUAUCCACUGUGUAAACUCAGGAGCCUCCAGACCCAAGACUUGUGUGAAAAAUGUGCCUUGUGCUGGCCACGCACUGAGGAAUGCUUUCUUAUCCAAUGGGCAAGAAAACUGGAAAGCCCAUGUAAAACUUGCCAGAAUUAUAAAAAGAAGCUACGUAGGACUGGAGCUUGUGCGAUGGCUAAUGGAGCAGUGUGCAUUUGUUCAAAGCAGAGGGGCGGCUGCCGGAGUCUGGAACAUUCUGCUGGAGCUGGACAUUCUCCUCUCAGUGGAGAGGCAGUCCAUGUUUGAGGACUCAGGGGCUCUGUACCAGUUCUCCUUUGAGGAGUGUGAAGCCCAGAGCUGUGACUUCAGAAAUCAGAGUCAGUGGCAGAAUGGAGUGAGUUUCCUCAUACAGCUGGUCCCCCACACCCAGCUCCAUGUGGAUACCCAUAAACAGUGUGACGGAGAGUCUCGGAGAAGUCCUGAAGUUUGCGGUCGUGUAGCCCAAAUGCGAGCGCUCGAGCGCCUCACGUCCACGGUGCAGACUGAACUGGUGGCAGCGCUGGCCCGCAAAGCACACAGCAAAUCAAUGACCAAGGGCUCCAGUCCAGGGCACGCUGCCGACCUCCCCCCCAACGCAUCAUGUUGCAGCGAGCAAAAGCAGGGCCCCGGGGCUGCGUCCCGCGACCGGGAGGAUAUCAGCCGCAUGGAGAUGGUCCAGAGACUGGCCAAGGACGGCUGCCGUCUGCUCCACAGCCCGUUGAGACAGGCCGAACGCCCAGCCGAGCCACUCAGUGACGCAGCAGUCCGUGUGUGUGUGAGGGAGAGGAGUCGAGAGAGGCUGCAGCUUCAGAGGACGACGUCAGCACGACCACCCUCCUCCGCCGAGGACUCUAGUGACUCCUCUCUCUCGCACAGGUACACCGGCGUGCCUGCCACCCCUGAGAAGGUUCUGGAACACCUGCUGAGCCACCUGAGGCUGGACGAGGAUUGCGGGAGCCUGCAAGCCAGAGAGGCAGAGACACUUCUGGAUGACUUUCUGCUGACUUAUCCAGUGAUCAUGUCUACCAGUGACCUUUGCCAAGCACUGCUUGGACACUAUUGUUUGAAGCGGGGCAGGAUGAAGGACGAGGGAAAGGAGAGUCUGGUGAGGAAACGCAAAGUCCUGCACCUGCUGUCCGAGUGGAGCGCGCUCUGCAGGGCCACGCUGCAGGAGGACCAACACACUAGGCUGUUCAUGAAGACGCUGUAUGGGAACGUCCUGGAUGACCUGUACGAGUUCCCGUCUCUAGAGAAGGAACUCAAGGACCUCCAGAAGCUUCUGCGUAUGCAGCGCAGACACACAGUGGACGAGUGUUCUCCACAGAGGAAGAAUAAAGCACUCUUCCACCAGCUGAGUCUGAAGGAGAACUGGCAACCCCUGAGAGCCCCCCAGACAGAGGGUAAGGAAGUGCUGUGCCGUGUGUAUGUGACUGUGGACUCGUAUGUGAGUGUGAGGACACACAGUGCAGUGACUGCGCAGGAGCUGCUGGCCGCGGUGGCUGACAGAUUGGACUGCGCGGAAGACGACAUGGUGCUGGUGGCUGUUUCCUACUCCAGAGAAAAGGCCCUGCUCCAGCCACACCAGUGUGUGUACACAAAUUCCCUCAGUACUGCAGGCAGACUGUGUGUGUGCAGGAGGGACAUGACUGACCUCAUGAGCCCCGUCCCAGAUAACGCACAGCUGCAGCAGCUGGCAGCCCGCAUGCUGACCAUGAACACCUGGGACAUCGCUGUGGCUCUGACUAACUGUGACUGGAGUCUCUUCAGCAACCUGCAGGAGCAAGAGCUGGUUUAUUUCACACUGAGUCGUGAUUCGUGUGCUGGCCACACGGUGGCCCUGGAGUUGCUCUUGCAGCGGUGCAAUGAGGUGCAGCAGUGGGUGAUGACGGAAGUGCUGCUGUGUCCUGUGCUCUGCAAACGGGUGCAGCUCUUUAAGAAGUUCAUUAAGAUCGCAGCCCACUGUAAAGCACAGAGGAACCUGAACUCCUUCUUUGCUAUCAUAAUGGGCUUGAACACUGCAGCUGUCAGCCGCCUGAGUCAGACAUGGGAGAAAGUCCCAGGAAAGUUUAAAAAGCUGUUCUCAGAGCUCGAAAGCUUGACAGAUCCAUCCUUCAACCACAAAGCCUACAGAGAUGCCUUCAAGAAGAUGAAAUCUCCAAAGAUCCCAUUCUUGCCUCUGCUACUAAAAGAUAUCACCUUCAUUCAUGAGGGCAACAAAACCUUUCUUGAUAACCUGGUCAAUUUUGAGAAAAUGCACAUGAUAGCAGACACGGUGCGGAUCGUUAGACAGUGUCAGACGGACCACAUGGGAAACAUGUUGACUCAGAAGGAGAGUGCCGAGGUCAGAGCCUACAUCAACUAUCUUCACAUCAUCGACAAUCAGCAAACACUGUUUGAGCUUUCACACAGACUGGAGCCAAAGGUGUAGGACACGUCUAAAUCCCUGAUGAAAGAAGUCCAUAAUGCCAGAACUAUGGCACUGAAAAGUGGCCACAAGGGGGCAAAACAGCCUCAGACUGCAUAGAUCAGAGGGAGAGAGAAAUGCGCAGAGCCCAGGACAUUUGCCUCCCUGCAGUCUAUAAAUGUGAAAUGACUGAAGAAACAACCACUGCAGGUUCAACAGACAGACUGAUCUUUAGCACACAACAUGCACUAAGUAUAACAUGUGAGAUGACAUGUUAAGUAGAAAUAUACCAGUGUAAUGCAGAGCUAUAGUCUCCCAUUCCCAAGUCUGCACCCAACUAAUAGGCACAAAUGUUUUUGCAAAAAUCUGUAGCAACACAAUAGCUGUAAUGAUUGGAUGUUUAGGGAAUCGGUCCAAUUCAGUCCCGUCAGUGCUGUUAUUAAACCACGUGCACAGUGUGUGCAAUGCUUUGCACUGGUCAUAGGCAAAUGUUUCCAGCCUUAGACAAUCAGUCCAAAAAAAUUUUAAAAGACAAGUCUGUACUGUAUUUAGCGUAGCUUUUGGAAUCAAAGCAAUAGUAGUACUGCAAGAGAAGUGCCCACUAUCAGCAUGACUCCAUCUUUAGUAGUUGCCCGGCUAUGCCAAGGCAAGGAUACAAAAGCCAGGCAUACAGUGAUGGGUUUGGGUCCACAUUACCUAAAAAGAGGCAUUAAAAUGCACUCCGAUCAUGUCCCGAUGAUGUUUGUCAUCGUGCAUCUACAUAGUCAGAUGAAAGGAAAGGACUUUGCUAAAGAAUAAAUUAUUGCCUGAAUGGUAAUUAGACUUACCAUAAUUACCAUGGAAGCAUACUUCUAGAGAUUCUGCAAAUGAAAUGUGUAUUUGUUGUGCAAAAGGGGGGGAAGGGGGGUGGAAUGUCUAAUUUAGAAGGCCAGUCUCUGACAUUGAAGCCAGAGAGAGAGAGAAAGCUGGUGGCAGCUGCUUUUCUGAUUCACACUGCUCUGGUCUGUAUGAUUGGGCAAUGCCCCUGACUGACCAGCAUAUGCAUGUUAGAUAAACAUGUAAACAUUGUAAAUACCCUAAAUUAAUUUUAUGGUCGUUUUUUUUUUUUUUUUUUUUUAAGUGACAAUAGGCAGCAAAGCAAUAUGUUCCUAAAUGCACAAAGCAUCAUUUGCUGGCAAUGACUAUUUACUACUUUUGGUUUCUUUUGAAAGUCUGAUUAAAACCAGUACUGUUGCCUGA